UGUUGGAAUCGGCGUCCCUCACCAUGCAACCACCUUCAUGCCACGGCACUGUACUAUUGCAUUGCACUACUGAACGAGAUAUCUGCUGAUUGUUCUUCCCAUAUGACUGAUUUGAGGACUUCCGUGCCCUUUACGCACUGUCCAACUAUGACCUUCUGAGUCCAGAAGCCGCAAUGUAUAGAGGAUCUGGUGACGAUCGGUGAGCGGGAAUUUGUGUGUCAAGCGUGCUGCAUGGUCUGCGUCAACACCUAAUAUUUUCUCAAGCCCUGUACCGUUCUAUGAUUCUCCAAAGACCGGGCUUCGGCCUUCCUUUGGACCAAUUGCCACCAUGGAACAGGGACGAUUCCAACCACGAGCGCUUUCCCCAUGCAAUUGCUGAUUUCUUCGCUACGCGUGGUGUCACGAUUCGUGAGCAGCGAAUGCUUGACUUCAUCAACCAAAUCACCGAUAAGCCUUCCUGGUGGGAGAAGAUUCACAACGAGGACAUAGUGGCAAGAUGGCGGAGCGAAGCCUGUGGUAACCGGGAGCAACAGUAUACGUCUGAAGGUCACCUUAGCGUUGCAUGCUUCGACUAUUGCUUACAAGAGCUUCGAGACAAAGCGAGCUAUCAAGAGAAGCGUGACCUUGUCCAUGUACUGGAUGUUGGUGCAACUAUCGUGAAAGCAGACGUUGACCCUUUCGAUCCACUUCGUGCAGCCUUGCAGAAAGCGGUGGCUCCAUUAGAGACCGUCCCGGACCGCUUGAAGGACUGGCACCCUGGGUCCGACCAUCAAGUGCUUGAUCUUCUCCAUCCCUCGCUAUUCCCACUGACUUACGGCUUGUCGCGAGUCUGGAAGACCGGUAUCGUGCCGCUCGAAAGCGCCGAACAGUAUAUCGGUCUAGGCGAGGUCUGUCCCGUACCUUCAGCACUCGAAGGUGGGGUAGCCAUAGAGAGAACGAUAUCGUGGGACAAUGCUGGGUCACUUGCACCAUGGGGUCGCUAUCAGUGGCUCCCCUCGGAAGUCCAUCUUGACGGUACCGGCAAGGCGAGCAUCACGAGCUAUAUUAAUAAUCUUCAUUACGCCCGCCACCCAGAUCUGUAUACGGUGCUUGAGCGAGCUGUGGAGAAGGCGGUGCCGCUUUGGGAAGACUGUUUGUCGCUGUUCACAGACCGCUUGCGAAUACACGUUGAGGAAUGUGGCUAUCCAGACUUUAUCGCGCCCGAGGAGGCCAUGCAUGCCGUCAAUUCCGACGGCGAGGACGAGGACGAAGGUCUGGACGAGAGGGAACGAGAGUGGGCAGUGACUGAUCGGCUGCAUGACUGGAUCCAGGAGAAUGCGGACCAUGCUCAGAUAAUCCAUCCUUCUCCCAAGCAUCCGUACGUUUCCUUCGAGCAGCGCCUCAGGGACGCUGGUCGACAACGUCUGGAGCUUCACAAGGACUUUCCCGAUGGCUUGCAGAUCAUCUUUAAGCUGGCAAACAUUCACCUCACACCCGACAACGCUGUAUACAGUGGCAGUAGAUGGCAUGUGGAGGGUGCGCUCAACGAGCACAUAGCCGCCACUGCACUCUUCUACUACGACAGCCAAAACAUCACCGACAACUACCUUGAUUUUCGCCAACAGGUAGACGCUGCAGAACUGGCUGGAGUGCCAGUGCAGAAUGAAUGGGAGGCUGCGGUAAGAAUUUGGGGAGUCCAACAGGAGGGGCCUGCUCUUCAGCAGCUCGGCAAGGUACUAACACGACCGGGGCGCUGGCUAGCAUUCCCGAACGUGCUACAGCAUCGAGUCGGUCAGUUUGGCCUACAAGAUACGUCAAAGCCAGGACACCGCAAGAUUCUGGCGAUGUUUCUGGUUGACCCUCACAUCAAGAUACUGUCGACUGCGAACGUGCCCCCUCAGCGGCGCGACUGGUGGGCGGAGGAAGUCAGGAAGAUUGAACCGCUUGCUUCCCUACCUGUGGAGCUGUUCGAUCGUAUCGUCAAUGUGGUUGAUGACUUCCCGGUGAGUUGGGAGAAGGCGUGCGAGACACGGGAGGCACUGAUGGCGGAGCGUGGUAGGAUUGCUGAUGAGUUGGAUAAUGUGUUGGCUGAGGACACAUUCAACUUCUGCGAGCACUGAUGAGCAAGGCCUCCAACAGACCCAAAUGUUUGGCCCUUUCACGAUGGGUGUGUCAGAGUUCGAUGGCACUCCGUUCUGGGGAAUCCGGAAGCAUAGGACACCUCCGCAUUUGGUUCCCCAGCCCUGUCGAUCAUGCCCCGCGAAGAUGGAGCAUGUCAACAGACUUUAGCCGAUCUCACGAUCUCCGCCUCCCCAUCUUUACUUCUGACCUGUGUUUCAGUGUUGCCGAGCGUGCAUAGCAGCAGUACGUACAGCAAGGCUGCCGA